CCCAGCCGGAGAGGACAAGGGCAGGAGGCACCAUGAGUGGGGGCCCUUCGGGAGGCAGGCCUGGGGGCCGCGGAGGACAAGGGGGUCAGCAGAACAUCCCGUCCACCCUCCUCCAGGACCAUGAGAACCAACAACUCUUUGAGAUGCUCGGACGGAAGUGCUGGACGCUGGCCACUGCGGUUGUUCAGCUGUACCUGGCGCUGCCCCCUGGAGCUGAGCACUGGACCAAGGGACACUGUGGGGCUGUGUGCUUCGUGAAGGAUAACCCCAAGAAGUCUUACUUCAUCCGCCUUUAUGGCCUUCAGGCUGGCCGGCUGCUGUGGGAACAGGAGCUGUACUCACAGCUGGUCUACUCUGCUCCCACCCCCUUUUUCCACACCUUUGCUGGAGAUGACUGCCAAGCGGGGCUGAACUUUGCAGACGAGGGCGAGGCCCAGGCCUUCCGGAACCUGGUGCUGGAGAAGAUACAAAAACGGAAUCAGAGGCAAAGCGGGGACAGGCGCCAGCUCCCGCCUCCACCAGCACCAGUCAGUGAAGAGAGAAGAGGAGGGCUCCCACCCCUGCCCCCGCACCCAGGUGGAGACCAAGGGGGCCCAGCAGCCAGCCCAGUGUCUCUGGGGCUGGUGACAGUGGACAUCCAGAACCCAGACAUCACGAAUUCACGAUACCGUUCGCUCCCACCACCUGGGCCUGGCCCAAGUGAUAAGAAACGCUCAGGGAAGAAAAAGAUCAACAAGUCUGAUAUUGGUGCACCCAGUGGAUUCAAACAUGUCAGCCACGUGGGGUGGGACCCCCAGAAUGGAUUUGACGUGAACAACCUGGACCCAGAUCUGCGGAGCCUGUUCUCAAAGGCGGGAAUCAGUGAUGCCCAGCUCACCGAUGCUGAGACCUCCAAAUUUAUCUAUGACUUCAUUGAGAACCAGGGUGGGAUGGAAGCUGUGCGGAAGGAGAUGAGGCGCCAGGAGCCACUUCCACCGCCCCCACCGCCAUCCCGAGGAGGGAACCAGCUCCCCCGGCCCCCAACUGUGGGGAGUAACAAGGGUCGCUCUGGGCCUCUGCCCCCUGUACCUUCGGGAGGUGCUCCUCCCCCACCAACUCCCCGGGGACCCCCACCCCCGGGCCGAGGGGGCCCUCCGCCACCACCCCCUCCAGCCACUGGACGCUCUGCGCUACCGCCCCCUCCACCCUCCGGAGCUGGGGGUGGACCGCCCAUGCCUCCGCCACCACCGCCACCACCACCGCCACCACCCAGCUCUGGAGAUGGACCAAUCCCCCCCCCACCCCCUCCUUCUCUGGGGCUUGUGGGGGGCCCGGCCCCUGGUGGGGGUCGGGGGGCACUUUUGGAUCAAAUCCGGCAGGGAAUUCAGCUGAACAAGACCCCUGGGGCCCCAGAGAGCUCAGCACUGCAGCCACCACCUCAGAGCUCAGAGGGGCUGGUGGGUGCCCUGAUGCACGUGAUGCAGAAGAGAAGCAAAGCCAUCCAUUCCUCUGACGAAGGGGAGGACCAGGCCGGUGAUGAUGACGAUGAUGAUGAAUGGGACGACUGAAUCACCACCACCUCCGCUGUUCUGUGCUGGACUCCCCUGGCAGCCCUCCUUGCCACCCUCCACUUAACUUCCAGGCCCCCAAGCCCCAUUUCUUUCCCACCCCCCCUCCAAUGCUGUUAUCUCUGACUGGCCUCCUCCCACACACACUCACCCUAGCAAUAGCCAAGGACCUUUUUAUAUAAAAUGUCUCAGUUCUCCUCAUUCAAGGAUUUUUAAACAAAAAUAAAAUAACUGUCUUUUUGUUUCUUUAAA